GUCAAUCUACAAUUCAAGACUCCCCCACAUGUGGAGCUGGGCUCGCUGGCAGCACUCACGGAGUUGGAGCUGGGUGUCGAUCAGCGACUCUAUGACUUUGUCGAGAGACUGACACGGCAAGAGGCCACUGAGUGCCGAGUGUUCAUUGGGUUUCGGAUUUCGGAGCUCGCGAACGCGAGUGCCACUCCGAUGUUGUCCGCAGCAUUGGCAGAUGGAAUGAAAGAUGGCGUUUUCGACGCCUCCCACCAGAAGAAUGGCAACCUCGGCGCCAUGCUACGGGAUUUCCCUGGUCUUUUGGAGUAUGCAACGAAUGACUUGUUUCCUGAAGUUCCUCAUGCAGGCAUGGAGCCGACUGCAUGGCACACCGUGCUCAUGGGACCUUGGAGUGCUCUGAAUGAACAUAUCACUCUCAAGGAAGGGCGAGCCCUGGUGUUAUCGGUUAGGCGAAUGGCUAGAAACUACAAGUGCAGGUCAAAGCUACAUCUGGUGGUUGAUAAUAUGGCUCUGGCUUUUGCUGUUACAAAAGCACGUGCAACUAACUUUGCUAUGCUGCGCAUUACCCAACAGCUUAGUGCAUUGUCUCUUCUGGGACACUUUCAGCUUCGUGUGCGAUGGGUGCCGAGUGAAUGGAACGUGGCAGACAGUCCCAGCCGUGGCUGCAUCUUCCCGGGCGCUGAAAGCAAAAUGGUCGCCUCGCUUCCAGCAACCGGUGUCUGUUCGAAGUUUGACGGCCACACCGAAAGUGAUUCCAAGUCUUCCAAGAACUCGCGGACCGUGCCACAAAAGCAUGCGAAACCUCAUAAGGUCGCGAAGCACGCUCAGCAGAAUGGGCUUUCUUUCUUGGAGACCGAGAGCAUAUCUGCCGCGGUGGGGGAGCAGUACCUGAAGUACUACCAGGGAGCAAGGUCUCACAAAGCUCACAGCGAGAAGUGCCGACCGGCGGACAAAACGUUGGUUGCGGUGGAGUUCGACUGGGAGGCAUUCACCUUGAAGAAGGACUAUGUCGCGCCGGUGCGCGGGGCGGGGCGCCAAUACGCGUGCCAUGCCCUGGUGGUGCGAGACAUCGAGGAUGCACAUCCCGACAAGGUCGGAGUUUACGACAACACCAUCUUGUUGAACAGCAAAAAGAGGCUGCGGAUAGGAGAGUUGGUUCAGGAACUCGCACGCCAGCGCAAGAAGAAAAACGAUCCUCUCUUCAAUUUCACGCCGCAGGAGUUCCGGAAGCAGCUAGCGGAGGUCAAGGGACAACCCUUUCGGCUCAUCCCACGGUGUGUGAUUACCCAGUCUUCUGGUAAGCAGGGGGUCAUCGACAACGCUGACCAUGGAAGCCAAAGUGAGCUUAGUUCUGACACCAACAAGCUGGUCCUAUGCUCUGCCCUUCGUCCGGCCCAGCACGUGUCUGCGGCCAUGCGGCACUUGUCUCCCGAGGAAGCGAACCUCCUGUUGGAGACCGACCGAUGGGAGGGAGGAGGGGAGAAUUGGCCCGACGCAUAUCGACACUGCCCGAUGGCGGAAGACCAGUCCCGUUGUUGUGUUGUGGUCUGGUGGCAUCGCGACUGGGGCAAACCAGCGUACCAAAUCUCCUCUGGCCUGUUGUUCGGAUUGCCGCUGGCAGUCACGAGCUUCAACAGACUGAGCAGGUUCACUGAAUCUGUUGGACUGUUGGGCGCCGUCUUACCUGCGCGAUGGUCUCCAUGUACCUCGACGACAUUCGAGUUCCGCUUAAGGUUCAGGUCAGCAAGCCUUUUGAGAGGUCAAUCGUAUGAUGGGUUCCCCUUCGCCGAGGAGAAGAGGCAGGCGAUGGCCACCUUUGGCACCUUCUUGGGGCUCGACUGGGAUUUUCGCCCACUCCAACAGCGAGCGUCCAAGCUGUAUGGUAUGCUCAACUUCCUCGAGCAGGGCGCCUAUGGUCGUAUCGGAACCGGCGGCCUCCAAUCCUUGAAGGAGAGGCAGCAUGAGACCAGCCCGGAGUUGACCCUGGCAGUUUGGGCUGCCUUUCAAACAGCUCGGGUUCGGGCUGCACUCCGCUUGAAGCCUCGCCGGGAAGUUGAGGCGCUGCCCCAGCGCGAGGCGCUUGUGGCGGAAAUCACCGAGCAUACAUACAAGGCUUUCUUGCCAGGACACACCGUGAUUGCCCAAUUCGAGCAGUCUAUGGUGCUCUUUGCGUUGUCCUCUCGAGCCGCUACAUUCCGGGCCCGUCGAGGUCGAGGUGUUUGGUUUAUCCACAAGGUUGCAGCUUUGAUGGCCCUGAUUCGGGGCAGGUCUGAUUCUCCCGACCUCGAACGUUUGGCUAACCUCAUCCAUGUUGCUUUGUUCUCUCUCGAGACCUGGAUUGGGGGUGAAUGA